AUGUAAAUCGAUUUAAUGGAGUAAUAAAUAGUUAAGAAAAAAAGGUCAAGGUCUUAAAAAACGAAUGGAGAUUCUAUACCUGCAUUUUUAUUAAAAACAUAUGAGAUAAUAGAUGUAAAAAUAAUGAAAAAUUAUUAGAAUCCUAGUAAUUAAGAUGUGAUUAGUUGGAAUGAAGAAGGAAAUGCAUUUAUAGUUAAAAAAGUUAAUGAAUUUUCAGAUGUAAUUCUGCCAAAAUCAUUCAAACACAGCAACUUUGCAUCAUUUGUUCGAUAAUUAAAUAUGUAUGACUUUCAUAAGACCCGACAUGAUAAUAAUGAAAAUGAAUUUAAACAUAAGUUAUUUUAAAAAGGAAAGAAGUAAAAAUUUUAAAUAAGUGUAGAAAUUUAUUGAGUUAAAUUAAAAGAAAGACAAAUGAUUAGAAAGAAUAAAAUUCUUUGACUCUUAUCAAAACAGAUAUUAUGAAAAAUGGGAAUUAGGAAAUUCCAGAAGUACAAAUUAAUACUUAUAUGAGAUAUCAAUGUAGAUGUCGAGGUUGUAGAAUAAAUAAUCAGAACUUGAAAAGCUCAUGAAAAUACUAAUAAAAUAAAAUGAGAAAGUUAUGAAAGAAAAUAAGUAUUUGUGGACCGAACUAAUGAAGAAUAAGUACAAAUAUAUUGAUAAAGAGGCAUAAGAAUGAAAAUUCAGAUGAAUAAAUAAUGAAAUGGGUUUUAUAAUCAUUAUAAGGAAGUAAAUAAAGUUCAAAACAUAAAAACAUUUCUAACAACAAUCUAUUAAUGAUAAAAUAAACUAGUGAAAAUGAUGAGGAACAUUAAAAUGAAAUUUAACAAUAAAAGUUAAUUGAAAAUGAAAAACCUUAAUUUGAUUAGCUUCCAUCACAAAUACUUAAUUAAAAUUUUGAAUAAUAAAUAGAAUAAUUAUCAAAAACACAAAUAAUUUAAAUUUUAAUGAAUGCUGUAGCUAAUAAUUAAAAAUAAGAGAAAAAGAAUAUUUUUAAAUAUGAAGAUGAUGAAGUUAGUUUUGAUGAAGAAUAUCCUAUAACGAAGAAAUUAGAUUUAAAAUAAGGAAAUGAUGAAAAAAAAUAAGACAAUUAAUUAAUGGUGUAUAGUGAUCCAUUUUCCUUCCAUAAAUUAGAUGAUAAUUAUAUAAUAGCAGAAUCGCCUAAUUUAAGUCGAAAGAACUCUUUUUAUGAUCAUGAUCCUAUUCCUCAAUUUUAUGAAUAUUGA